AUGGUGAUUCUGGUGAUGACGGUGUUGAUGGUGGUAGUUGUGGCGGUGAUGGUGCUGAUGAGGGUUGUGAUGAGGGUGGUGAUGGUGAUAGUGGUGAUGAUGAUGAUGGUGAUUUUGUCGGUGAUGUUGGUUGUGGUGGUGGUGAUGGUGCUGAUCGUGCUGAUGCUGGUGAUCGUGGUUAUGGGUGGUGAUGAUGAUGAUAAUGGUGAUUCUGGUGAUGACUGUGUUGAUGGUGGUAGUUGUGGUGGUGAUGGUGCUGAUGAGGGUUGUGAUGAGGGUGGUGAUGGUGAUAGUGGUGAUGAUGAUGAUGGUGAUUUUGUCGGUGAUGUUGGUUGUGGUGGUGGUGAUGGUGCUGAUCGUGCUGAUGCUGGUGAUCGUGGUUAUUGUGAUGAGGGUGGUAAUGGUGGUGAUGAUGGUGGUUAUGAUGGUGUUGGUGAUAGUGAUGGUGAUGGCGAUGAUGAUGGUGAUAAUGGUGAUGGUUGGGAUGAUGAUGAUGAUGAUGAUGAUUGGGAUUCUGGGGAUGAUGGUGGUGGUGAUGGUGCUGAUGGUGACGGUGGUGAUAGUGGUGAUGGUGGUGGUGAUGUUGCUGAUCGUGCUGAUGCUGGUGAUCGUGGUUAUGGUGAUGAGGGUGGUGAUGGUGGUUGUGAUGAAGGUGGUGAUGGUGAUAGUGGUGAUGAUGAUGGUGGUGAUUUUGUCGGUGAUGUUGGUUGUGGUGGUGGUGGUGAUGGUGCUGAUGCUGGUGAUCGUGGUUAUGGUGAUGAGGGUGGUGAUGGUGUGGUAGUGGUGGUGAUGGCGAUGAGGAUGGUGAUAAUGGUGGUGAUGAUGAUUGUGGUGAUGAUGGUGAUGGUUGGGAUGAUGAUGAUUGGGAUUCUGGGGAUGAUGGUGGUGGUGAUGGUUUAUGGCGAUGAUGAUGACGGUGGUGGUGUUUGUGAUGGCGCUGAUGAUGUUGAUGGUGAUCAUGGUGAUGAUGGUGUUGAUGGUGAUAAUGGUGUUGAUGAUGUUGGUGAUGACGAUGGUGGUGAUGAUGGUGAUAGUUUUGGUGAUGAUGACGGUUAUGAUGACGGCGGUGUUGAAGGUGGUGAUGUUGGCGAUGGUGGUAAUGAUGUUGAUAAUGGUCAUUCUGGUGAUAAUGGUGUUGAUGGUGGUAGUGGUGGUGGCGAUUGUGCUAAUGGGGAUGAUGCUGGUGAUCGUGGUUAUGGUGAUGUUGGUGAUGAUGGUGGUGAUGGUGAUGAUUGUGUUAGUUGUGAUGUUGGUGGUGGUGGUGAUGAUGGUAGUGAUGAUGGGGAUGAUGGUUGUGAUGGUGAGGGUGGUGAUGAGGGUGGUGAUGGUGAUAGUGGUGAUUAUGAUGAUGAUGGUAAUUCUGUCGGUGAUGGUGGUUGUGGUGAUGUUGGUGAUGAUGCUGGUGAUCGUGGUUAUGGUGAUGAGGGUGGUGAUGGUGAUGAGGGUGAUGAUGGUGGUGAUGAUGAUGAUAAUGGUGAUUCUGGUGAUGACGGUGUUGAUGGUGGUCGUUGUGGCGGUGAUGGUGCUGAUGAGGGUUGUGAUGAGGGUGGUGAUGGUGAUAGUGGUGAUGUUGAUGAUGGUGAUUUUGUCGGUGAUGUUGGUUGUGGUGGUGGUGAUGGUGCUGAUCGUGCUGAUGCUGGUGAUCGUGGUUAUGGUGAUUAG